ACAGGCACUCACGUUUCAAGAUGGCUGCUUCCAUCUCGGGAUUAUUAAAACCUUGGACACCAAGAGUGUUCCUGGUGAGAUGGAGCAGAUACAACCCUUACUAUCUGGAGCCAGAGGUCAGGAAGGAGGUGUACAGCCAGCCAGAGUCAGAGCUGAGUGCUGAGGAGAAGGAGCAGCGGGAGCUCAAAACGCUACGACCCAUUAAAGCAGCCACCAGCGCAACCUCCAGCUCUGUCUUUUACGACCCAGUCAUCAGUAAAUUUAUCAACAUGAUCAUGAAACAUGGGAACAAGGUGUUGGCUAGAGAGAUCAUGACAGAGACACUGGAGAACAUAAAGAAGAAACAGGUUGAGAAAUACCAUAAAGCUCCAGAGGGGAAGAAAGAAGAGAUCGAGUGUAAUCCCUACGCCAUCUUUCAUGAGGCCCUGGAGAACUGUAAGCCUGUUGUCGGGCUGGCCAGCAUUAAGAAAGGUGGAAAGUUCUACCAGGUCCCUAUUCCACUUUCAGACAACAGACGCCGCUUCCUCGCUAUGAAGUGGAUGGUCACAGAGUGCAGGGAAAACAAACACAGGCGCACACUCAUGUAUGAAAAACUCUCCCAGGAGCUUUUGGCCGCUUUUGAAAAGGAGGGCAACGUUGUUAAGAAGAAACAUGAGCUGCACAAGAUGGCCGAAGCCAACAGAGCUUACGCCCACUACCGCUGGUGGUGAAAAGAAGCCUCUCACCAAAUAAAGCUCUGUUGUAACGCAGAUUCAAGCAGCUCUUCAGACAGAUGGACAUGAUCACUCAAGCCGCUGUUGUAAACGGCAAACAGAACUAUUCCUGUUGAAAGACUUCAAUGUUCAAGGUGCACAGAGAUGAGUAAAAUAUGUACAAGACCCAAGUAUGGUUCACUCCCUUUUUGUACUGAGGAAAUUGUAUUGUGUAUGUUAAAGUCUGCUCAGCUGUGUUUGUAGUUAAUACGCAUUAAAUACAACAAGUUGAAAAAAGGAUUUAUUUGAACAAACAGAU